AUGGUUCAUUCCUUUUUGAAGAAUCUACUCCAGGCCUACGUUGCAAAGCUUUAGAAAGGAAUGUUUACUAGGAAACAAGUGCAUACAACAAGAAAAAAAGAAAUCAAUAGUGACCUAAAGCUACAAAGACACUCACAAGCAAAUCAGGCACAAAAUCAAAAAUUUUCUGUAAAUUUGAAGACCACUGUCAAAAGAUUAGCAAAAUGCCAGUCUGCUCAUAAUUUAUCUGUGGAUGAAGAGGAAAGAAGAGUAGAGUAUUCACUUUCUCCAACAUUGAGUUACAGGGUAGCCAUAGCUAACGGACUGAAAAGGAAACUAGGUUCAUCAAAUGAUGACAACCUUUUUCCAGUUCUAUGGUCUAUUGAUAGUGCUACUUCUGAAUCAUUGAAUGAAGUCCACCUUUGUCAGAAGGUAAAGGAGCAAAAAUCAAACACUAUGCCAGUAAGAAGAAAUAGGAAAAGUGUCAGUAGUCUUGCUGCAUCUGAUGGAGGUUCAGAUGCGGAUCGCACAUUGUUACGACUAGGUGCAUUACGUAAACUUCGCAAAUGGAAAAAAAGUCAAGAGUGUAUUUCCUCAGAGACAGAAAUGAGUACCUGGAAGAAGUCUCUUGGUUUCAGGAGCAAAUCAUUGGACAGAACCGGCCGCACGCAGCAGAAGAGUGGACUCGAACCCACAUUCAGUUCAAGUGGCUGCAUCAGUCAGACUCAUAAUGUCAUGGAAAUGAUUUUUAAAGAACUUCAAGGAAUAAGUCAAAUAGAAACAGAGCUUUGUGAGCUGCGUGGACAUGUAAAUGCCCUGAAACAGUCUAUUGAUGAAAUUUCCACAAGUGUGGAAGUAGUGCAAACUGAAAUUGAACAAUUACGUUCUGGAUUUGUACAGUCCAGGAGAGAAACCAGAGAUAUUCAUGACUAUAUUAGACAAAUUAACUAUCAAGGAAACAGUGUAAGCCUAAGAUUUAUUAAUGUACCAGAAGAAAUGCAUGAGAAUACUGAAAGUUUAAUUUAUACGAUUAUAGAAGAGAAGUUAGGACUAACAGAUGCAAGAAAAACUGUUCAGAUUGAACUUGCCCAUAGACUUGGGCAGCGGCGAGACUGUAUCAGUGCUAAGCCCCGCCCCAUUCUUGUCUACUUUGACAGUCCACAGAACAGAGAUUUAAUUCUUAAAAAAUGUUAUAAAUUGAAAGGUUCUGGUAUUGGAAUUUCCACAGAGAUCUUUUAUGACCCAAAUGACAGAAAGGAAUUUUCACUUCCACCAAAAUCACAGACUUAUGAAAGUAUGAAUAUGAAACUAACAACAACUGAAGAAGAAACCAGAGGCAGUGAGUUGGCAUCAUCAAAGUCGAGUGACAAAGACCUGGAAGAAGAAAAUAGCCAUUGUUUUGAAAUCAGUUCAAAAGCGGUUUUUGAGAAAGUACUUGUCUCUCCAAAAUUGGGUGCAGAAUCACACAAUGUUGUUAACAUUGACAGAACUAUUUUUUGUAGCUCAUAUCCAAAUUCCAUGCAGUUAUGUACUGAUGAUAAUUUUCAUUCCCCUCUAUUUGAAGGCACCCAAAAACUGACAGAGCCUUAUUACAAUGAGCUGACAUCCACGUGGCUGCAGAAUGAUUACACUGCAGCUAAGCUCAGUCGUUCAGAGUCUGACUUUUCGAAGCUCUGCCAGUCAGUAUCUUACUCAGAAGAUUUUUCGGACAAUCAGUACUUCAUCAGAGCAGAUGGUGCCUCAGUUGUGUCAUCAUCAGAGAAGGAUCUUUGGUUUCGGGGUAAAGAAGAAGUUGCAACCUCAUGGGUUAACACCGGUAAUCAGCAGUAUGAUUAUGAGGACCAGCAAUACACUGAACAUACAGAAGCAGAAAAGAUGGAAACAGCUGAUAGUGGCAUGAGCAAUGGGUUAAUUUGUGCAUCAGGUGAUAGAAGCCAUUACAGUGAUUCUCAGUUGUCUUUGCAAUGUGACCUCUCAACGUGGCAAGAAUGGCAGCAUCUGGAACAAGGCACAGACUCUGGUCUAGACACUUCACAGCAUGUUUUUGCUUCUGAAGUAAAUAGUCCAUCUGAGCAAAAUGUCUUAAGCUACACUACAGAUUUUGAUGAAAGGUACCAGGCUGCUGACCAAGACUAUAAGGAGGAAAUGUAUGACACAACGCUAGACACGUCAGAAAGUAUUGGUUUUGAUGGGAAAUCUCAAAAUGAAUGGGAAAAUAUAUAUGACUCCUAUCAUGACACUUAUUCUACUGAUCAUUAUCAGUAUCAAAACAGAUCGCCACUAAGAUGUCAUAGCCAGAGUGAGCUACCUCGUGAUAGUGACACAGUGGAAGCACCUGCUAAAUCUUGGCAUAGUCGCCUGAGUAUUGAUCUCUCAGAUACUGGAUUCAGCUUCCAAAAAUUUGGAUCCUCUCUUCAACGUGCUAAAUCUGCCUUGGAGGUUGUUUGGAGUAAAAUGGACUCUAGAAGUACCCAGAGUCUGAGUGAAAAUGAAGUAAGAGGCAAUUUUAUGGGUCGUUUCAGGACUUUUUCUCAAUCUACAGCAGAUGAAUCAAGCACCACCCUUGAUUCUGAUAUGUACUGUGAGCCCUACUAUUACAGAGCUGAGGAAGAUGAGUCCAGUGAACAAGAAGGAGAAAAUGGAAUGGAUUAUGUUGAAGUGAUGGAGGAAGUUCUUGCAAAACUGGAAAAUAAAACCUUUCCUAAAGAAAGUAAUGAGCAAACUUUAGCAUCGGAGUCUUUGGAAGAGUAUGCCAUUCCAGUCUUAGCUGUAGAGAGUGAAGGAGUCUCUUAUGAUAUCAACAGUGUUAAUGAAGUUGUAGAGUCUGCAACUGAAAUCUUUGAAGAGGUCAUUGCAGCUGAAAGUCAUACUGUUUCAGAAGAAUGUUCAGAAGUUCAUGAAAAUCAGACUGCUCCGGAGGAAAAUCCUGAAGUUGAAAUGAAAGUUAGAAUAAGACCCACCUUCAAACAAGCUGCUUACAAAGCAUAUAGACAACAAAUAACAGACUUGGAAGAAUACUUAAAAAGUAAAGAUAACAAUUCUGUGGAUCAACAGGUUCAGCUCUCAAGUGGAAAUGUUUUUGAUGCGUCUAGCCUUUCUGGCCUCAAGACCCCAGGGGGGGUUGGAAGUGUGCUGUAUGGCAUUGACAGCAUGCCAGAUCUACGGCGGAUGAAGACAAUGCCUAUUGUUCGAGAUGUGGCAAUGACCUUUGCUGCUAGAAAAGCAGGUAUAUCUUUUGCCAUGGUUGCUAGAACCUCGAUAAACGAUCAAGAAUUGAAAUUACAUGUUUACAAGAAAACAUUACAGGCCUUAAUCUACCCAAUAUCAUCAACUACGCCGCACAACUUUGAGGUAUGGACAGCAACAACUCCAACUUACUGCUACGAAUGUGAAGGGCUGCUCUGGGGCAUUGCAAGACAAGGCAUGCGAUGUAGUGAGUGUGGUGUCAAAUGCCAUGAGAAGUGUCAAGACCUUCUCAAUGCUGACUGUUUGCAACGAGCAGCAGAGAAAAGCUCAAAGCAUGGUGCAGAGGACAAAACACAAAACAUUAUUGCAGCCAUGAAGGAAAGAAUGAAAAUCAGAGAGAGAAACAAGCCUGAGAUCUUUGAGUUGAUCCAAGCACAAUUUGAAGUGUCUAAGGAAGACCAUGCACAGCAUCUGAAGGCAGCAAAGCAGAAUGUGUUGGAGGGAACAUCUAAGUGGUCAGCAAAGAUAAAAAUAACAGUGCUCUGUGCUCAGGGUUUACAAGCAAAAGAUAAGACUGGCUCAAGUGACCCUUAUGUCACAGUGCAAGUGGGUAAAACCAAAAGGAGGACUAAAACCAUUUUUGGGAAUCUCAACCCAAGCUGGGAUGAAACUUUUCACUUUGAGUGCCAUAAUUCCACUGAUAGAAUAAAGGUUAGAGUCUGGGAUGAAGAUGAUGACAUCAAGUCUCGAGUUAAACAACAUUUCAAAAAGGAAUCAGAUGACUUUCUUGGACAAACAAUUAUUGAAGUCCGAACAUUGAGCAGUGAGAUGGAUGUCUGGUACAACUUGGAGAAGAGAACGGACAAAUCUGCUGUUUCUGGUGCAAUCAGAAUGAAAAUUGCUGUUGAAAUUAAAGGUGAAGAAAAAGUGGCCCCGUAUCAUGUGCAAUACACCUGCUUACAUGAGAAUCUUUUCAGUUAUUUGACUGAAACAAAGUAUAAUGGUGUUGUGAAGAUUCCACAAGUGAAAGGAGAUGAGGCAUGGAAGGUGUACUUUGAAGAUAAUGCUCAGGAAAUCGUGGAUGAAUUUGCGAUGCGCUAUGGUGUUGAAUCAAUUUACCAGGCCAUGACGCAUUUCUCCUGCCUGUCAUCCAAGUAUAUGUGCCCAGGGGUUCCAGCAGUAAUGAGCACCUUGUUGGCCAACAUUAAUGCCUUCUUUGCUCAUACCACAGCUACAACAAAUGUUUCAGCCUCAGAUCGAUUUGCUGCCUCAAACUUCGGAAGAGAAAAAUUUAUAAAACUCUUGGAUCAGUUGCACAACUCUCUGAGGAUUGACCUAUCUAAAUAUAGGGAUAAUUUCCCAGCAAGUAAUCCAGAAAGGCUGCAAGACCUGAAGUCAACGGUGGAUCUUUUGACCAGCAUUACUUUUUUCCGUAUGAAGGUUCAAGAACUGCAGAGCCCUCCUAGAGCAAGUUCUGUGGUGAAGGAUUGUGUCAAAGCUUGCCUGGACUCAACGUACAGAUAUAUUUUUGACAACUGCUAUGAUUUAUAUAACCAGUUAAUGGACCAGAGUAAAAAACAAGACAUUCCUCGUGAGGAACAGGGACCCAGCAUCAAAAACUUGGAAUUCUGGCCUAAGCUCAUUACUUUGAUGGUUUCUUGUGUAGAAGAGGACAAGACAGCCUAUACUCCUAUCCUGAACCAGUUUCCUCAGGAACUUCACAUGGGAAGAUUGAGUGCCGAAGUCAUGUGGCAGCUGUUUGCCCAGGACAUGAAGUAUGCUCUUGAAGAACAUGAAAAACAUCGAUUAUGCAAGAGUGCUGAUUAUAUGAAUUUGCACUUCAAAGUAAAAUGGUUUUACAAUGAAUAUGUGCGAGAUCUUCCGGGUUUCAAAGAUGCAGUAGCAGAAUAUUCUUUGUGGUUUGAACCUUUUGCCAUUGAUUGGUUGGAUGAAAAUGAAGAUGUGUCAAUGGAAUUUCUUCAUGGAGCCCUUGAGAGGGACAAAAAAGAUGGGUUCCAGCAAACUUCAGAGCACGCUCUAUUUUCUUGCUCUGUUGUGGAUGUCUUCACUCAACUGAAUCAAAGUUUUGAAAUUAUCAAAAAAUUAGAAUGUCCUAAUCCUGAGGCAUUGGCGCACUUUAUGAGAAGAUUUGCUAAGACUAUCAAUAAAGUUCUCCUCCAAUAUGCUGCCAUUAUCUCAAAGGAAUUUAGCUCACACUGUUCUAAAGAAAAGCUGCCUUGCAUCCUGAUGAACAACAUCCAACAACUGAGGGUCCAGCUGGAGAAAAUGUUUGAAUCAAUGGGUGGUAAAGAGCUUGAUGCAGAGGCCAGUUGUAUCUUGAAAGAACUGCAGAUCAAACUUAAUGGUGUCUUGGAUGAACUGAGCAAUAUCUUUGCCACAAGUUUCCAGUCUGUAAUCGAAGAAUGUGUGAAACAGAUGAACCUCGAGUUGUAUCAAAUGAGAGGAAAUGGAAACGCAUCUGCCAACAGAAACAACGCAGCCCUCGAUGCAGAAACUGUUUUGAGGCCUUUAAUGGACCUUCUAGAUAAAAAUCUCACACUGUUUGCUAAAAUCUGUGAGAAGACUGUUCUAAAAAGGGUUCUGAAGGAGCUUUGGAAAUUAAAUCUGAACACAAUAGAAAGAAAGAUUGUUCUGCCUCCGCUAACUGACCAAAGUGGAGCACAAAUGAUACUGAGUGCAGCGAAGGACUUGGGCCAACUAUCAAAGCUGAAGGAACAUGUGAUUCGGGAAGAGGUGAGAAGUCUCAGUCCACGCCAAUGUGCAAUAAUGGAGGUUGUACUGGCCACAAUAAAGCAAUAUUUCCACGCUGGAGGAAAUGGCCUGAAAAAGACAUUCUUAGAGAAGAGUCCAGACCUGCUGUCCUUGAAAUAUGCACUCAGCCUCUACACCCAGACAACUGAUGCCCUGGUUAAAAAGUUUAUCAGCACUCAGUCUUUACAAGUUCAGUCUACAAAUGGCUCAGUGGGAGAAGUGUCAAUUCAUGUAGACCUCUUCACUCACCCUGGUACUGGAGAACAUAAAGUUACAAUUAAAAUUGUUGCUGUCAAUGAGCUAAUCUGGCACACAACAACUAUGUUCCGACCAUUUGUAGAAGUUCACGUGAUUGGACCGAAUCUCAGUGACAGGAAAAGAAAAUUUGCCACAAAGACAAAAAACAAUGUUUGGUCACCUAAAUACAACGAGACUUUUCACUUCAUUCUGAGUAAUGAGAGUGGCCCAGAGUUCUAUGAACUACAUGUGACGGUGAAAGAUUACUGCUUUGCCAGAGAAGACCGGAUCAUCGGACUGACGGUCAUCCAGUUAAAGGAUAUUGCCGAGAAAGGGAGCUGUGCGUCGUGGUACACUCUCAUCAAGAACAUUUACAUGGAUGAAACUGGCCUGACAAUUCUCAGAAUACUGUCACAGAGGACCAAUGACGAAGUGGCCAAAGAAUUUGUCCGCCUCAAAUCAGAUGCCAGGUCUACUGAAGAAACCACAUAAGAAGCAGAGGAGAGAUCUGCACAGCAGCAGGAUUCUCCUCAGUGCAUGUCUGUUUUCAAUGUGUGGGUAUGUUUAUCUGAAUGUGCGGCUGUGA